AUGUAUCCGUUGCACCACCUGGCAACUGACUGUGGUGCAUCGGUUCCAACGCUUGGGCACGUGGCAUACGAAAGCUCUGUUCCUCUUCUUGCUCAAACCCCUCAUAUCUGUAGCUCGUUGCUUUCUACACUGUUCUCUGGUCAUCUACCACAACCUUGCAUUUGGUGA